CUCCAUCCGUUUCACUUCAACUUCAUUCAUUAUCUUCAUCUUCAUCUUCAUCUGAUGAUGGUGGCCUUCACCAAUCUUUCCAUAAUCCUUACAGUUUCUUGAAAUCCAUUAAUGUCUCCACAACCACCACCUUCAAUCACCAAACCCCAUCCAAAUUCGCUCUCAGAUUUCAUCUUUUCCGCUUUCUCCCUCUUCGUCUGCUCUUCUUCUUCUUUCAAACCCACCUCCAAUUUCAACCCUCCUCGUCGUUUGUUUAAGUUCCCAAUCAUGCCUUUAACCACCACCAAGACACCCGCCAUUAACAACCACCACUUUCCCACGCCACAAUCCCUCUCCGACUGGCUACGACCUCGUCUCCCAUCUGAUUCUUUCGCGGCUUGGGGCACCCGACCCGGAACCAAGAACAUCCAUAACCUCUGGCUCGAGCUCGCCGAGGGUGAAACUUCUCUCGCCGACUCUACCCCACCUGUUCGAACCCUCGAAGUCGUCGUGGUUCGGGUCAGGGAUCAUCAAAAUCGAAUCUUGAUUGAAUCCCAUCAACAGUUAUCAAAUGGCGACAUUCGUGACCGAUCCAGACCCUUAUCGGAAAAAAUGAAGCCCGGUGAGACGGUGGAAUCGGCUGUUGUAAGAGCAGUGAAGGAAGAACUUGGCUCGAUUAUCAAAGAUUCUUGUAGCAAUGUAAACUAUGGAGAUAUUGUUAAAAUUAUACCGAAUUCAUAUUCGAGUAAGGUGGAGGAAAGGGUAUCUGUAUCGUACCCUGGAUUGCCAGCCUGUUAUGUUUUACAUACAGUGGAUGCCAUUGUUGAUGGUUUGCCAGAUUGUGAGUUUUGUAGUGAAGAAGAGGAAGAGUAUCAGGAUUUGGAUGAAAAAGAAGGGGCUAAAGGAGCUGUUUCUUGUAAGAAGCAUUACUGGAAAUGGGUAGAUUCUAAUACCGUGUCAUCUUGAGUUUUUGCUUGUAUAAAUAGAGAUGAAUGCUAGCCAUGACAGCAGAGGUAAGCUUGAAGCAAAGAUGGUGGGAGUUGAUUCAAAAUUGGAAUAUUCAUCAAUAAUAACAAGUUUGAGUUUCUACAGUAUUUGGAGUGGAUGAUGGUAAUGACUGAAACAAGGAUAUCUGGGGGGGUAUCAAGUGAAGCCUUUUUGAAUAAUUGAAUGCAAAGUGAAAAGCUCUUUUAAAGUGAGAAAUGGUGGUUAAGGAUUUUUGUUUUGUAUAUCAUGUGAGUGAUUGGAGUGUUGAGGGAAACAUAAGCAAUCAAAUGGGAAACAUGAAGAAUCUAUGGAAAUUGACGUUUGGGUGGCAGUGGGUCUAAAGACCCUUUGCCUUUUAUGUUAAGAAAUGAGAUUUUUAUGGCUUUUUUUGGGGUAGUUGAGGAGCUUCUCAAUGAAGACAGUUGAUUUUAGUGAGUGGAUGAAUGUCAGGUUUUCAACUUUUUGAGUCUUUUUCAAAUGGAAGCAGCUUUAAUUGAGUUUGAAGAUGAAAGCCUGCUCUCCUUUUGUUUCUGACUGCCAUUUUGGGCUGGAACCAUUUGGGAAUGGGAAUACAGUACCAAUAGCAGUACCAGUAACAGUUGAUGAUAGCAACACUCCAAAUGACACCAAGAAAUCAUUCAAUGGGGAGCACCCCAUUUGUCUUUUCAGAAUGCUUGGAAAAGUUGGUUCAUGACUCGGUCACUAUGCACCCUCAAUCCCAUCUAUCUUUGAAUCUUUCCUGUGUUAUAUGUUGAUGCACCAAUGAUGUACUGAAAAUAUUAUAUACAUGAUGUUGAACUGUAGUUUUUGAUUGACAGUUGUAUACACCAGUGGAUUCAAAACCC